UCAUUUCUUACAAGAGAGUUUCCAAGUAGACCAUAACACAGUCCCUCUGUCAAAGCCAAAAAUGGCUUCUACCAAAAUUUUGUUGUGUGCAUUUACCAUUUGUUUUGCUCUGAUUAUCGCCUGCGAAGGACAACGACGUAGACCUAAACCCAGACCAGAUGUUCAGGCCCUUAAGGACGCAAUCCGCCAAAAGGUUUUAGAGGACAUUGCGAAGCGCUACGGUGUUACUUUGCCAACAACUACCACUACUGCGGCAACCACUUCAGAGGAUGCAUCUAGUACAGAGGCUUCAAAUAGUACAGAGGCUGAUAGCACGACUGCGGCAUCUACUACAGCUCAAGCUACUAUUGCUGCAAACAGCACUGGUACUGACUAAAGAAUAAUUUACUGAUUUACUUGUUAGGAUAAAGCGCUAAUAUAUGAAAAUUAUACAUAUAAAAAUAAACCAAAAGCUCGACUUGAUUGAUCCCA